CUACGUCUUGUGUCUCCUCCAGGCAGUGGGCAGAUCCAGCUAUGGCAGUUCCUCCUGGAGCUCCUGUCCGAUCACUCCAACGCCAACUGCAUCGCCUGGGAAGGCACCAAUGGAGAAUUCAAGCUGACCGAUCCCGAUGAGGUCGCCCGACGCUGGGGAGAGAGGAAAAGCAAACCCAACAUGAACUACGACAAGCUGAGCCGCGCCCUGCGCUAUUACUACGACAAGAACAUCAUGGCCAAGGUCCAUGGCAAGAGAUACGCCUACAAGUUUGACUUCCAUGGCUUGGCCCAGGUGUGCCAGUCUGCGCCCAGCACUGAACAGUCUCUCUACAAGUUCCAGUGCAAUCUCCCGCACUUACCGUUCCCCGGCCUCUCCAAGCUGAACCUCAUGACCUCCGGGGUCUCUCCCGCUGGAUUCUCUUACUGGCCCGGGACCCCCUCAGCCCUGUACCCCAGUCAUAGCCUCCAGUCCGCUCCUGGUGGAUUUGGCGCAGUGUCCACCCCUCAUCUUAGCUCCAUGAACAGUGUGGGCAACAUGAGUGCACAUUACCAUUAACUCCUUGUAUGCCAGAUACUGGGAAGGACUGGGCCAUCUCCCAGAAUAUUUGUGAAUAAGAGCACAGGUCACUAGUGAGUUCAUGUUGUAUCGGUCACUGGCAGCGGCUAUAGGAGAUCUGUCAGGUCUGUAUCUGGGAGCGGCUCAGGACACAGGGGAAGGGGCUGAGCUCAGUGAUGUCUAAGAUUUCACCCAGAAUAUUCAUGGAUAAAGCUUUGUCUACUGCCAGGACACCGUGAGGAAACCUGUGAGUCCUGAUCUCUGCAUCCGCUCAUAGAGAAAGCCUGUGAGUCCUGAUCUCUGCACCCGCUCAUAGAGAAAGCCUGUGAGUCCUGAUCUCUGCACCCGCUCAUAGAGAAAGCCUGU